CAUGAAUCAGCGAAUCAGCCAAAGUGCUCCAGUGAAACAGCCACCCCCUCUGGCUCCUCAGAGUCCUCAAGGUGGCGUGAUGGGUGGGAGUAGCUCCAAUCAGCAGCAACAGAUGAGACUUCAGCAGCUGCAGAUGGAGAAGGAAAGGCUGAGACUGAAGCAUCAAGAACUGCUUCGGCAGGCAUUGCGGAAUAUCAAUCCCAGCACAGCAAAUUCUCCAAAACAUCAGGAAUUGGCUCUCCGUAGCCAGCUUCCAACAAUGGAACAAGACGGUGGUUCUCAAAAUCCCGUGUCAUCUCCUGGAAUGUCUCAGGAACUGAGAACAAUGACUACAAAUAGUUCUGAUCCCUUUCUUAACAGUGGAACAUAUCACUCCAGAGAUGAAAGCACAGACAGUGGACUUAGCAUGAGCAGUUAUAGUGUACCCAGAACUCCUGAUGACUUCUUGAACAGUGUUGAUGAGAUGGAUACAGGUGACAGUAUCAGCCAAAGUAACAUACCGUCCCAUCAGAACCGUUUCCCAGACUACCUUGAAGCCAUUCCAGGGACAAAUGUGGACCUUGGGACACUGGAAGGAGAUGGGAUGAAUAUAGAAGGAGAGGAACUGAUGCCAAGUCUGCAAGAGGCUUUGUGCUCUGACAUCCUUAAUGACAUGGAAUCUGUCUUGGCAGCCACCAAGCUAGAUAAAGAGAGUUUUCUUACUUGGUUAUAGAGGCCUCAGGGAGACUGAAUUCUAAAUCUGUGAAGGAUCUAAGGAGAAUAGGACAUCUAUAUCUGAAGUUCAGAACAAGCCACUGUGGCAGACUUUGGCUUGUGUUCAGAAAAAGUAAAUGAACAAAUAUUCAACAAGAUUCUUUCGUUUUGCUCUUCCUUGUCCAUCGCUGCUGUUAUAUAUUGCUGACUUUUUUCCACAGUUGACUCUGAAGAACAGACAUCUUCUUGAUCUUUUUCUAUUGCUGUUGCAACUACUGUUCAAGGGGGGUGGGGAGGGAUGAUGAGCCUGUGUGGAUGACGAAUGCCAUUCCUUUUGUCCUAGUGUGCGCUUGCAUAUCAUUUUAUCUAAGUACUCAGAUUUGAGAGUUAAUUUCUGCAUGUCACUGCUUGUAGUUUGCUCAGCUAGUUGUCUCCUGCUGCCUGUGGCAAGUGGUAAAACAUGACGUACUGGGGUGACAAGCCAAAAAUGAUGUAUCUCGUCAAAAGAAGUCAAUACUGAUUUGGAGAUAUGACUUAAAGGAGGGCUAAAGACUGUUUGACAUUAAGUGUUUCUACUAAUAGCUCUUUCAUUAGUCACAAAGUGCUCUUGUUCAUAUUUUAUGUUAUAGUAAAUCAUGAGUCAUUUUACAUAGAAACAUAUAUGAACUUUGAUUGUUGCCACGUAUUCUAGCCUAACUUUUGUUUGUCAGAAAUAGUUUGAUUAUUUUUGUUAGUUAUUUUAACUGUAGCUGUAGGAUGGGAAGUAAUUAUAGGUGUUCUUUUUUUAAGAGUGAAAUCUAAGGGUUUUUUUCUGAUUUCACAUAGUCUUAUUUAAAUCUGAAUUGUCUGCUUUUUUUAUACCUAAAACAUGCUUAUUGUAGCCUGAUAAGCUAGUGAGUACAUGAAACAGUAUGUUUUGCCUGUAACUUCUUUUUUUUUUUUUUAUUUUUUAAAGGCUAGCUUUGAAUGUAAUCAUUAGAAUUCAUGACCAGUGGCUUAUUUUUCAUGUCUAUUUGCAAGAAUUUUGAAUUAGAGUCUGAUUGCAGCAGUGUAAAACGUUAGAAUCCUAAGUAUGAUGUGUAAAAUUUUUAAAUGCAUUUUGAAGUAGCAGAAAUCAUUUUAAAAUGACAGAAGCAUCUAAUCUCUCUUCUGAUUCUCAAUUUUGCUAUCUAGGUGAAUUUAGAUUUCAAAAUCCUUAAUGGAAGAGAAUCUUAUGAAAAGCUUCUCUUAAGCUAGCAUGGAAAAAUACUGUAAACUAUUAAUUUCACUCUACAUUGCAAUGAAAAGGCUGGAACACCAAAAAAAAAAAGUCCUCAUUAAAACUCUUUAGUAAAAUAGUUAUCAAAUUCUGUUUGGUGAAAAAUAAGCCCUGGACACUAUAUGUAGAAGACUGUAAAGAUAUGUGUUAGAUGGUGACAUGAGCAGGUAAUGACGUGUAUAUUAGUAGUAGAGCUUAGCAUGGGGUAGAGGUGAAUAUGAAUUAUCCUUAUUUUAACAGGAAAAGAUGUAUCACUAAGUUGUCUGCAGGAGUUGACACCAUUUCCAAAGAGUAUUUUCACAUGAACAAAAUGAGCAUGAAUCAAACUUUCAGUAUAAGCUAUGAAGUUUUGUGGGGUUUUUUGUUUUUUCUGAUUGAAAAUGGUGUCACCAGUCAGCACCUCUAUAAUUAAGGGCCUGUCACCAUUCCCAACACGAGCCCUUAUUUUCAAGGGUGUAUAACGUGGCUAUAAAGAUACUGUGUGAAACUUGGUUUUGGAAGAUCUCAGCUAGCAGAGACGACUUCGCAGGGGGGGAAGGGAAUUUUUUUAAAGGAAUUGUUUAUUUUUCAAGUUGGGAAUAAAUCAGUAAAACAAAAAAUGACCCAUAUGAUAAUUUGGAUUUUUUUUUUUUUUUUUGUAAUGCUUCAGAGACAGAUCUGUUUCAGAAUAAUUUAAGGAGUGAAAGCUCUGAAAUAAGUCUCUUAUUUUAAAAACUGAAGCAGCAGAGGCAGAGAUUUGAAAUUUGCCACUCUAAGUGUACAUUUACUACUUUACAUAAGUAUUUUAGUAUUUGAAGUAAGCAAAAUUGUUUGUGGCUUGUAAUGGAAUACAGGCAGGUUUUUAAACACCAGUUUU